UAGUAUUGUCGUGACUCAAACACAGCUAUACCCGCUGUGACAAGCUCUUGUGUAUAAUAGACACACUUUUUAAAACACUUAUGUCGAGUCACGACGCUUCUGAGAGCGAAGACUGCCUUUUCUGUCAAGUAGCGAACAACCAGAGUGAUACAGAAAUCCUGCUGAGUGAUGGUGAGCUGGUUUGCUUUCGUGACGUGAAGCCUGGUGCCACACAUCAUUACCUUGUUAUACCCAGGAUGCACAUUGACAACUGCACAAUUCUCCAGAGGGACAACAUACCUUUAGUGGAGCGGAUGGAAGACAUGGGAAGGAGGAUACUGGAGAAGCAUAAAGUCAGCGACUUCAAAGAUGUCAGGAUGGGGUUUCAUCUGCCUCCUUUCACAUCUGUUCCCCACCUUCACCUCCAUGCUUUGGCUCCAGCCAGCAAGAUGAACCUCAAAGCACAGCUUAAAUAUGGGCCGCAGUCAUGCUGGUUCAUCACAGUAGACAAAGUGCUCUCUCAGUUGAGGAUUCACAACAAGGUCAAAUGAAAAGAUGCAACGUGUCUAAAGGUGC